AUGCCAAAAAUACAGAUAAAGCUCAAGGACCGGGAUAGGGCCGAAAAGCUACAGGCAAGCAAGAAUGUGAAGCAAGUCGAAGAAAAUGGUAAUCCGACAAACCACGAUAGAGUUACUGAAUUGAAAGAUCGUUCUGAAUCGUCCACGGAAAACAAAGUGGAAAACGAUCAGCUAAAGGACAAUCUGGAAAAAGAAUCUCGUGGACGACGGCUCUCUGAUAGCCAAGAGGAGCCUCUUGUUGAAAAUGAACCAGGUCUCUCAUCAAUAAUAGGAUUUAAGGACUUUGGGUCAACUAAAAAUAAGAAAGUGAAUGGUAAUGCCGCUUUUGGUGCCAAAAAAUUACCUAGGACUGAAUAUCGCCAGUACAUGAAUCGUGAAAAAGGAUUCAAUCGCCCACUUUCGCCACCUAGGAAGAAGAAGAAAUGA